UUGCUGCAGGCGGAUUGGCGAUCAGGAGCUCUCGGGCUUGGACGUUGUAUUUAUUAAUUUAUACUCCACGGGGCCCUGUGCGGGCUGGCCCUUUGUAUCCGGCCUCGGCUGCCUGGGCUUGGGGGCCCCGGCGGGAGCGUGCCCCCGCGUCCGCCCGACCCUCAAGGCCAGCACGUGCUACGCCCGCCCGCCAGGCCGGCCGAGGGGGCGGAGGCCCCGGCUUUUUUCCUAAGCCACUGUCCGCCAGAAGGAGGAGCAGUAGCAGCAGGAGGCGACAGCUGCCCGGCCCAGAGAGCGCGGCGGAGAGGGGGCUGCAGCGCCGGGGCUCCUGGCCACUCUUAGCAGCGGCGGCGGCGGCGGCCGGGAGGCGGGGAGCGGUGGGCCGCUCGGGAUGUUCCCGGGCACUUCCUGACUGGUUGGCAGCGCGCACACGGCCCGACUCGCACGUCCCCUGCCCCCUAGUAGCUCGCUCGCUCGCGCGGGCCCUCUCUGCGUCGGCCGAGUCGCGGUGGAGGCGCGCGAGGGGGACGCGGCCGGGGAUGAGCUGAUUGCGGGUAAAUACGCCGCCGCCUGGCCCCGAGAGGCCGCGAGGAGCAGCUUUUCUCCGAGUCGCCGCCCUGCCCUUGGAUUUGAGAUCAUGUCCAUUCAUAUCGUGGCGCUGGGGAACGAGGGGGACGCGUUUCACCAGGACAAUCGGCCGUCGGGGCUCAUCCGCACUUACCUGGGGAGAAGCCCGCUGGUCUCGGGGGACGAAAGCAGCUUGUUGCUGAACGCGACCAGUACGGUCGCACGUCCGGUGUUCACCGAGUAUCAGGCCAGCGCUUUUGGCAAUGUCAAGCUGGUGGUCCACGACUGUCCCGUCUGGGACAUUUUUGACAGUGAUUGGUAUACCUCUAGAAACCUAAUUGGGAGUGCCGACAUCAUUGUGAUCAAAUACAACGUAAAUGACAAGUUCUCAUUCCACGAAGUAAAGGAUAAUUAUAUCCCAGUGAUAAAAAGGGCAUUAAAUUCAGUUCCAGUCAUCAUUGCCGCUGUUGGUACCAGACAAAAUGAAGAAUUACCUUGUACAUGCCCGCUAUGUACCUCAGACAGAGGGAGCUGUGUCAGUACCACUGAAGGAAUCCAACUUGCUAAAGAACUGGGAGCUACCUAUCUUGAACUACACAGCCUUGAUGACUUCUAUAUAGGAAAAUAUUUUGGAGGAGUGUUGGAGUAUUUUAUGAUUCAAGCCUUAAAUCAGAAGACAAGUGAAAAAAUGAAGAAAAGGAAAAUGAGCAACUCAUUUCAUGGAAUUAGACCACCUCAGCUUGAACAACCAGAAAAAAUGCCUGUCUUAAAGGCUGAAGCAUCACAUUAUAACUCUGAUUUAAAUAAUUUGCUGUUCUGCUGCCAGUGUGUGGAUGUAGUGUUUUACAACCCAGAUUUAAAGGAAGUUGCCGAGGCCCACAAGAUUGUUCUGUGUGCCGUAAGCCAUGUUUUCAUGCUCCUUUUCAAUGUGAAGAGUCCCGCUGACAUUCAGGAUUCCAGUAUCAUCCGAACUACCCAGGACCUCUUUGCUAUCAACAGAGACCCUGCAUUUCCAGGUGCUAGCCAGGACUCUCCAGGCAACCCGCCAUUACGUGUCGUUGUCAAAGACGCCCUCUUCUGUUCUUGUUUGUCGGACAUUCUGCGCUUCAUUUAUUCAGGUGCUUUUCAGUGGGAAGAAUUGGAAGACGACAUCAGAAAGAAAGUGAAAGAUUCUGGAGAUGUUUCAAGUGUAAUUGAGAAAGUUAAAUGCAUUUUAAAAACACCAGGAAAGAUUAAUUGUCUAAGGAAUUGCAAAACUUACCAAGCCAGAAAACCUCUGUGGUUUUAUAACACUUCCCUCAAGUUUUUCCUUAAUAAACCAAUGCUUGCUGAUGUUGUCUUCGAAAUACAAGGUACAACGGUGCCAGCCCACAGGGCUAUCCUGGUGGCCCGCUGUGAAGUGAUGGCAGCCAUGUUUAAUGGGAACUACAUGGAAGCAAAGAGUGUUCUGAUUCCAGUUUACGGUGUUUCCAAAGAAACUUUCUUGUCAUUCUUAGAAUACCUAUACACAGACUCCUGUUGCCCAGCCGGCAUUUUCCAGGCUAUGUGUCUUCUGAUCUGUGCUGAGAUGUACCAGGUGUCCAGGCUGCAGCACAUCUGUGAGCUCUUCAUCAUCACGCAGCUGCAGAGUAUGCCUAGCAGGGAGCUGGCGUCUAUGAACCUGGAUAUCGUCGACCUGCUCAAAAAAGCCAAGUUUCACCACUCGGAUUGCCUUUCAACCUGGCUGCUUCAUUUCAUUGCUACUAACUACCUCAUCUUCAGCCAAAAGCCUGAAUUUCAGGAUCUUUCAGUGGAAGAACGCAGUUUUGUUGAAAAGCACAGAUGGCCUUCGAAUAUGUACUUGAAGCAGCUUGCGGAAUACAGGAAGUAUAUUCACUCCCGGAAAUGUCGUUGCUUAGUAAUGUAACCCGGAGCUUUUAUAUGCAUACGCUUUUUAUUAUUAUUAUUAUUACUAUCAUUAUGAAGCAGAAGAAUGGGAUACCUCUGUGUUCCAGUAAAAUUCUGUGACUGAAACCAAUACGGGCGUUAAAAAAAAUUACCAUACAGCUUAAUGUGUUUGUUAGUUCUCUGAAAAAAACUACUACUGUGAUCUUAAAAGGGAACAAAAUAGACCAUAGGCUAAAACCAAGGCUUCACUAUCCUAGUAUGUAAAGCUGUCCUACAGCUUCUUUUUCCCUUUAAGAUGCCCUGUUGCUUUAGUGAUAUUAAUACCCCUCCCAGUUAAGUAAUGUUUAAACUUAAAAACAAAAUCAUGUAGUAUUAAUUAAAAAUGUUCACUAUGUCUGAUAAAUUGCUCUAUUAAAAUAAGGGGCAUUUUAAAAACCGAGUAUGACUAUUUCAAUAACAAAAAAUCUAGGGUAAAGCUGAUCAAUCUGAAAUCUUAGGAAUAGAAAUUUGCAUGGGAUUUUGAAAGUGAAACGCCACAUGGUUUCAAAUCAGUGACAGUGUUCGAACCAUCAUGAAAAAAACAUUUUUUUUUUUUAAUGUGGACUACCGAACUGAGCCACCUUGUCUCUUCUGUGGGAUUCUGAUUGGGCAGGAAACCUAAACAGGGCUGGCUUUAAGGCUGUGUAACUUGUGUCGUCACACAGGGCCCCAUGCUUGGUUCGAGGCUCUGCUCUUGCCAUUUUGAAAUUCUUAAUAAUGUUUAAAGAAAGGCCCUGCAUUUUCACUUUAUACUGGGCUCCCCAAAUUAUGUGUGUCUCCUAGCAGGAUAUGUACUAUAUUUUCUUGCUAACCACCAUUCUCACUGAAAGCAAAAAAGAGGCACUGACAUGGAGGGAACAGAAGGAGGCUUGCUGGAAGGAAGAGAUCACGAGGGGUUUCCCAACCUUGAGGACCUCUUGCGGGAGUGGAGGGUUACAAGGGGGGGUUCUCUGCUGCCACCUCAGCGGGCAAGGGAGAUAUGCCUUGUGUUUACUCAGCUUUAAAACACAGUUCUGGCUCUAUCACAGUGGAAGAAAUGCUUUCUUGCUCAUUCUAAAACCUGGAUGUUGGUAAAAGCGACUGACCAGUGUGAAUUUAAAACGCAUUUAUAAAGAUGCUCCUAGGAAGAGUUGCCUUCUAGAGAAAUUGUAAUCAGUGGCUUAAGAGUUUUUUGUUUCGUGUACUUACUAAGCUUAGGAGACCAGCGGCUUGAAUUGUUUGAAUUCUUUCUGAGGACCGCAAAGUUAUUUAAUGAGGAGUAGCAGGAAUCUUGUCGUUCAAGAUAACCCAGUAAGUUAAGAGAAAGGUUAUAAAUCAAAGACUCAGUACAUAGAGAGAAAAUGGUACUAGGGUAGAAUUAUAGUUUCUCUUGUAUCACAUGUCAACAGAAAUAAUUACAUCAGAAGCUUGUAAGCUGAGAGAUGGAAAACCAGAUUACUGUUUAUUGUUAACAUCAUUUUCAUCUGUAAUUCAGUACUGGGAUAUAUUUUUCUUCUAAUUUCUAAUGACUUUCAAGAACACCGAAUUUUUCCAGCUAUUCAAAGGUUUGAUUAGUUUUAUAUCACAGUAUUAAACAUACUGCUAUACAGUUAGUCCUUGAAUGUAUGUCAACACUGUUAGAGUACAACAGUAAAAACACCCUAUAUAUAUCUUCCAAGAACCCUGACUUUAAUUAGAUUGUAUUGCUGCAGGUUACCGGAAUGCAUUUUAUGUUUUUUGUAUUUUAACCACUUGAGUUAAUCAACUCUUGGCAAUUCCCAUUUGAUAAGGAUAAACAUUGUAAAGAAUAAAUACUGUAGUAGAUUUCUAGAAAUUCAUCACAUUUGAGAUCUUUUAAAACACAGUGAUAGCCUUAUGUUCUUCUUAAGGUAGUCUUUCCCCUAUGUGAAUUACAGCACUUAAAAUUCUAAAUCAGUAACUUUUGAUCUAGGAAAUUGAAAAACAUUAAGUUCUAAGGCAAAAUAAAGUAUUUGCUUGAAAAUACUAUUUCACAUUUAUGUAGACCAUAGAUACUUUUGAGGUUGUUUGAUCGGAGUGGAAGUUGAAUUUGAAAGCUGGGGCUCCAUGGAGGUUGAGCAUGUAGAUUUUAUUAUGAAAAGUCCUUUACAACCUGUGUGAGUGACUCCACCACCCUGAUGUCAUGGCUUUUCAGAGCUAGUCAGAAAGUAAUCAAAUUAGUUUUUAAACCUAGACUCUUCAGUACCUUUGAAUUAACUCAAUUUAAAAUAACAAGAAAUUUAGAAAUACUUACAAACUCUCUCGGAGAAAUGAGUGCUCUUUUUGAGGCUUUUUUUUUAAUUGAAAGAUUAUUUCUAGAUGAAUGUAUGCUUUGUGUUCAUCUCUGCUUCAAUAUAUUUACCAAACAUUUUAAUUAGAGAAGAUACUAUGUGAUAGAAUUAAGGCCUCUUCUUUCUGGGCCAGGUUUUCACCUUAUAUAACCCUUUGUAUACUUCUGACUGCUCUCUGUUCCUAUUAUAAGAGAGUAGGCCUAUAAAAUAGAAGUUUCAGUAAUGUAAGUGAAAUUCACUCUGUCCAGAAAGCCUGGCAGCUUCACACUGGGCAGUGGCAGAAAACCGAACAGUUGGAUAAAUGGAACUUCCAAGACAGCUAAACUUUUCAAUUCCAAUUUUAAAAACUACACUACAUUGACAUACUUAAUUAGAAAAGCAAAAUUUCCUCAAGAGUACUUUAUUUUAUUUAAAGCAUCUGUUUAAUUCAAUCUUUAAUAAUUUUGCUAAGAAGGGUAUGUGUGUAUUUUAAUAUAGCCUGACCUGAAUUUAUAUGUUUUUAGUUUUAGUAUUUAACAUUUUGUAACAAAUAAACCUUUUUUAAAACAAGCUUAA